AUCUCAGCCUGGGGGUGCGAGGGGUCUGGGCUCGGCGUUGGUCCCUGGGGAUGUGGAGAGCAGGCAGCAUGUCGGCGGAGCUGGGAGUCGGGUUUGCACUGCGGGCAGUGAACGAGCGCGUGCAGCAGGCGGUGGCACGGCGGCCGCGGGAUCUCCCAGCCAUCCAGCCCCGGCUAGUAGCAGUCAGCAAAACCAAACCUGCAGACAUGGUGAUUGAAGCCUACAGUCACGGCCAGCGUACUUUCGGGGAGAACUACGUUCAAGAACUGCUAGAAAAAGCAUCAAAUCCUAAAAUUCUUUCUUCAUGUCCUGAGAUCAGAUGGCACUUCAUUGGCCACCUACAGAAACAAAAUGUCAACAAAUUGAUGGCUGUCCCCAAUCUCUUCAUGCUGGAAACAGUGGAUUCUGUGAAGUUGGCAGACAAAGUGAACAGUUCGUGGCAGAAAAAAGGUUCUCCUGAAAGGUUAAAGGUUAUGGUCCAGGUUAACACCAGUGGAGAGGAGAGUAAACACGGCCUUCUGCCUUCAGAGACAGUAGCCGUGGUGGAACACAUAAAUGCCAAGUGCCCCAGCCUGGAAUUCGUGGGGCUGAUGACCAUAGGAAGCUUUGGCUAUGAUCUUAGUCAAGGACCAAAUCCGGACUUCCAGGUGUUACUGUCCCUCCGAGAGGAGCUGUGUAAGAAGCUGAACAUCCCCACUGAGCAGGUUGAGCUGAGCAUGGGCAUGUCCAUGGACUUCCAACAUGCAAUUGAAGUGGGAUCUACGAAUGUCCGAGUAGGAAGCACCAUUUUUGGAGAGCGAGAUUACUCCAAGAAACCUGCCCUGGACAAGUCAGCAGCCGACCUGAAGGCACCGGUGGAAGUGGCACAGGGACACUGAGGCCAGGGCCUGUCCAGGAGGACGAACUCUGCACUCAGCUGGAUUUCCGUCUUGACAGUCCCUGUGUUACAGCACGGCCGUGCCCUCCUUGUGACCUGCAGAGAGCGUGCUGAUGAUGACGUGUGUUGACUGAAACCAUCUGUACUUAGGGUCCGACCCAAGAAGUUCACUUCAGGUAGUGGCUGUGG